CGCGAGCGGCCGCGGCGGGCGGGCGAUGGCGGCGGCGUGAGGGGCCCGCGCCAUGUCGUGCUCGCACAGCGCCGUGUUCCUGCUGGACACCGCCGGGCCCCGCCAGCGCCUCCAGCGCGGCGCCCUCCGCCUCCUCACCCUCCUGGGCUGCCGCUUCGGCCUCUCCCGCCUCCGCUGGGCCUUCCGCUUCUUCGACUCGCUGGGCGGGCGCGGCGGCGCCUCGCGGGGCGGUGGGUUCCGCCCGCCGGGGCCCCGCGCCUGGCAGCGCUUCGAGGAGGAGCUGGCGGAGCGGCUCGGGCCGCGGGACCCCGCCGGCCUGCCCGGCCCCGCGCCCCGCGCUGCCCUCACGCACAGCGGGCUCAAGGAGACGCUGCUCGACUUCCAGUGGGACCGGCCGGAGAUCGCGUCCCCCGCCAAGCCGCCCCGCAGGAGCCGCAGGACGGGGCUGGCCGCCCCAGAGCCCCCGGAGGCGCCGCCCGAGGGCUUCGUGAAUGCCGUGUUCCUGUUCUCCCCCUGCCCGCACUCGCGGAGGGAGCUCCGGCAGUUCGUCUCGGGGAACGACGCCCCCGCCUCCCCCGGAGAGCCGCCCUCGGCGCAGGAGCUGGCGGAGAAACUCCUGCCCAAGAGCGUGCAGGAGCUGCUGGUGGAACAGAAAAUCACCCUGUUCUGGGUGGACACUGCCGACUGCGCUCAGCUGAUCGAAUGCCCAGAUCAUGGUGGCUACUGGACAAUGUUGGAAGUGAUUUGUCAGAUGGGAGGCACCAUUUUGCCAGCUGAAACCUUGGUGCACUGUUUGAGUCACUCCAGGGCAGAUGCUGCUCCUGGCUUCCUUGGAGACUCCGGGUUCCCUGAGCCACAGGCUGUGCCUUGGGCCAGGCUUCUGCCCCUGGAUGGGACUUUGAACUGCUUGUUCUCCAGGCCAUCCCUGUAUCGAUCAGUGUUUCCCCAGCAAGAAGGAACAUUGCUUCUCAGUGUGCCUGGAGGGAAGAAGCAGGAAAGCUGUGCCGUGAUCCUGGAACCUCUUGCCAUGAGCCAAAGACAGCUGCAGUGUCCAGUCAGCAUUGUCGUGAAGGGAAGCUUGAUGGGUUGGAGCUUGGCACAGGCUGGCCACUUCCUCACAGAGAGCUGGAUACUGCAGAGCUCACAGGCUGAGCAGGGAGAGUGUAACAGGGCUCUGUUUCAUCAGCUCUUGAGGAGUCUGCUGGCUGAAGGACUGCACAUGAUUGCUGAAGUAUCUCUGUCUAAAACUUGGUGCCCCUGCACUGCUGUUCUGUCACCUCUUUCUGGGGAUACUGCAGUUCUGACUGUGCUUGGCCCUGAGAAGACUGCUGAAAUUCAGGGAUGCAGCCUUGAAGGAGCUGUAGUGGAAGACUCUUCCCAAGACUCUGCCACUCACCUGCCAGAGAUUGUGAAUAGUGUGUUGAGUAAAAUUGACAUGUCAGCGGAAGAUUCUCUGGCCAGUCUGGGACAAGAAACUCCAGUGCCAGAGUGGGUCCAGCGGGAGCUGUCCCAUACAGGGGGCUGGCAUCCUUCAGUGCUGGAAGCGUGGUAUCCUGCAUCCAAUGCCUGUGGAGCAAGCUCGGAUCUGAUGGAGUCAUUCAGGCUCCUGCAGGUUCCUAGUGCUAACGGGAAGGAUGGUGCAGACCAAUCUGAUGUGGAGCUCUCAGAAAGUCUGUCUGAGCUGUACCAGAGAAAAUUCAGUGAAACCUCUGCUGCAGCUGGACCAGGACAUAACAAAAAAAGACGUGGGGUUCCCCGAACUCCAGUCAGGCAGAAGAUGAAGACCAUGCCCAGAUCCCUGCAGAUGCUCAAUGUAGCAAGACUAAAUGUAAAAGCUCAGAAGUUUCAACCUGAUGCUGUGCCACCAGCAGUGAAUGAGAAGGUUCCACAGAAGCUUUCAGCAAAAAGAUUGGAUGAAAAGGUGGAAGGAAAGACAAAAGCACUUAAAAUAUCAAUUGACUUCCAAACAGAGGAGGAGCUGCAGUCCCACUUGACUACAAGCUACCAGAAGGCUGUUGCUGAGGGAAUUCCCUCAUCUGUGUGUGCCCAGAAUAUGAUCAUGGCCAUUAAAAGGUUCUUGAAAAUACAAGAUGCCAAAGAGAAGGAGGUGGCCUGUGUGGAAAGAGUCAGGAACCAUCUCCUGAAGACCAGCAAAAUGCUCAGACAACAGCAUGGCUCACAGAAGGAGACCAAAGUCAGAGAGUGCCGACUUCAGGUAUUUUUGCGCCUUGAGUUGUGCCUUCAGUGCCCUUCGCUGCAAAGCAACGCUGAGGAAAUGGAGCAGCUGUUAGAAGAGAUGACAGAUAUGCUGCGCAUUUUAUGUCUGACUGAAGACCCAGCCUAUCUUACAAAGUUUCUAGAGGAAAUACUAGAAUUGUAUAUGAAUUCUAUACCAAAGAUCCUUGGAGAUAUUUAUUAUGGUCUGGGUACACAAAUACCUCCGAAGCUGGCAUCUGUUCUGCCUUCAGACUUCUUCAGUGAUGACUCCAUGACUCUGGAUAGCAAAUCUCCAGGCCUUCCUCCCUCUUUAUCAUCUGUCUUAACUCCCAGUACCGUUUGCACUGAGAGUGAUCAGCUGGAGGAGCUGCGCACCAGAUCUGCCAAAAAGAGAAGGAAUAUUGUGUUAGCCAGACACAGGAGCAUGACAGAAGCACCACAGAACUUGCGUCAAAUUGAGAUUCCCAAGGUAGCCAAGAACCCCAUCAGAAAGGAGAACUUGCAUUCUUACCCUGCCACUGAGAAGUCCCAGCAGAUGCCUUUGCUGCAGAAAGAGGCAGUGCAAGAGGUUACAAAGGUAAGGAGGAAUCUCUUCAAUGAAGAGCUACUUUCACCAUCAAAAAGAUCACUGAAAAAGAUGCUGAGAAGCCAGUCAGUAUCUGCUGUGGAAGGCCUAAAAUACAAAUGCACCAGUGAGGGCAGCAAAGAUCAUCGCAAGUUAUUGACCAAGAGAGUUGCAGAAACACCACUACACAAGCAGGUGUCCAGGAGACUCCUACACAAGCAGAUCAAAGGCCGGUCUUCUGAUCCAGGUUGUGACACUGGUGUUGUAGAAGAAUCUCCAGAGAAGGCUAUAUAUGAAGCAGGUUUGAGAAGAAGCCCACGCAUCAAACAGCUGUCUUUGAAUAGGACUUGCUCUGGUGCUUUCUAUUCCACUACACAGCCCAGCUCAAAAAAAUCACAGCAUCUCCACCAGGGACAAGAAAAGGAGAACUGUAAACGGCAGGAUGUAGAAGGCCUUAACCAGCAUUCAGAGAGCGCCCCAGUCCACACUCCCAAGAGGUUUUUCUUUGGUGCAGUCACUGACAUGUGUAGUCCUGCAGGGAAGCAUUCACCUGGAAGGAGGAGAACAAGAAAAGAUUCCUUACACUUAGAGGAGCUUACCUCAUGUCAGACUCCUAGAAAAACACCUCAUAAACUUGCCCAGAAGCCACUAAAUUCUGCCAGUAAUCUCCCAAGGAGAUCGCCUCGCAUUGUCCACAGGACACCACAAAAGCUGGAGAAGACACCUGGCAAAAGUCCAGCAGCUAAGCAGAAUGUAGCUAAAUGUUUGGGAAAGUGCUUUUCUGAUCUUGCACAAAGGCUCAAGUCUCCAUCUGCGCUAACUGACAGCAGGAGUGUUCACUUACUGCAAGUAACUGCUGAGGACUCUUGUGCAGCUCUGACAAUUUCCCCUCCUUGCAAAGAGCGUGGCUGGCGAACACCAAAACACGAGGGGUUCACAGAGCUUAAUGCCUCUGUAUUACCUCCAACAGAUUCAAAUCCAACUGUGUCUCCCCCCUCUGCCACCCAAGGAGGGUGUUCUACAGAACUUCAGACUCCAAGACGUUCCUUGAGAAACCUCUCAAAAUUAGCAUCUCAAGUUAGUGCUCGGAGACAAAUCCUUACAGAGGAAAUUCAGGUGCAGUUAGAUCAGUUAUCUCAAGCACCUAAAAGGACACCUAGGAAACUUGAAGAUCCAGGUUCAAAGUUACGUACCAGCCCACUGAGUACAGAAAUAUCUCAACUUGCUGUGAGGCCAGAGCCUCUCUGCAAUUCUCCACUCUGUGAAAGUUCCACAAACACUGUGACAAGCUGCUCUGCGUCCUGCACGCAGGCUGGGGAGUCUGACUGGGAACCUGGUGCAUCUAAACCAUCUCCUCAAAAGACUCCAGGUAUUACUGGCACUUCACUGAGGUCCCUGCUUCACACACCCGAGCAGGCCAAAUGUGAACCAGGUUCUAGAGGAGAGAGCCUCACAUGUGCAGCACUUACAGAGAAUGAGGAUAAUCAGCAUGGUAGUGGUGGUAACUGUUCUGUAGAAAGCCUUCAGCUUCAUCAGUCCCAAGUUACUGAAAAUACUUCUGUUUUGGAGAAAAGUAAACAGAUGGAUAGAGUGUCUCAAAAGUCUCCUUUAAGAGAGGACUUGGAAAACUUGGAAAACCAUUUGUCUCCAAAGCCUUUUGCUGGAGGGCAGGAACAUGCACAGAAUGCUGAGAGAGACUGUGAGCCAUCAGUUAAGGGGGAGAACUGCAGUGCAAACACCUGUGAGUCCUUCCUAAGUGAUUUGCAAACAGGUAGUGAUGACUUGGAAGGAAGAACUGUGCAGAGGGAAGAAUAUAUGGGACUGAAGGCUCCAAGUCUCAAGAGGCGCUCCAGAUUUGCCCUGAAUACUUCCCCUCCUAUGCAGAAGUCUCCUCCUGCCUAUUCCUUACGCUGCACUCCAGACAGGAGGCAGCGGGAAGCUGCGGCUCGCAUGGGAGAGCCUCAGUUUGCAGCCAAGUUCUCGACUCCUGAAAGUCGUGGCAAACUUCCCUCUGCCAGCCCACCGACCUACGAAGUGGAAAUUGAAAUGCAAGCUUCAGGCCUGCCCAAGCUUCGCAUUAAGAAAAUUGGCUCUUGCUCAUCCUUGGAAGUUCAACCUGAAGCAAGUGCCAGCAAACCCAAGGGAGGAGAAAGCCCCUUCAGUGAUUUUGCUGUGACCUGGUGCAGCAAGCACCCAGGAAAACUAGCAGCCGCCUGUGUUUCCCCAUCCUGCUGCCGUUCUUUCCAUAGUACACCUGGGAAAGGUGCAGGACAAACUUACAUAUGCCAGUCGUACACCCCAACAAGCUGUGCCUCUACUGUCACCUCCCCAUUCCCGUUGGAAGCAGUUCUCCAGACACCUUCUCCAAAGCAGAAGGGAAAGACUACCCCUGAAGCCAUCAAUGACUGGCCUCGGAGGAAGAGAGCAGCAGGCAGCACUGCUAGUGUGAGCUGUGGUCAGGGCGAGAGGAAUGCCAAUGAUCAGACACGGGCAUCAGCAGGCAUAGAAAGAAUGAUGAGGAUCUCAGAACACUGCAGCAGCAAAGUGACAAAUACUCUUGGGGAAUUUGAACUGGAAGGGAUUUGCAGGCUCCAGGAUCCGGCAUCUCCUAGUGACUCUGAACCGAGGGUUGAUGAGGACUCUGCCACGGGAACUUUUGGUUUGAAGUCUCGGAAGCGGGUCUUUACUUACCUGUCACCAGAAAAGGAGAAGAAUGACAGUGCCAAGAGGUCGUGUCCUGAUAGGGGCAGCUUGGAGCUCACUGGCUUUUCCACAGAUGAGGGCAACAGAAGUAAAUCAAGGACAGACUCUGUACUUCCUGAGAAACCAGGAGCAUGUGCCCUCAAAACACUGGAGCAGCACAGUUGUCUAGGGGAUGAUGAUGUCUUCCUUUCAUCAGGCUCCACUCCACCCUUGAAGAGUGGACUUUCUGCUAGCAGCCUUCGAGCCCUGACCCAGUCUCCACUGCUGUCCCCACCACCAGUUCAGAGGAAGCGUGUUCAAGAAGAGGAAUCUGAUGCUGUCCAAAUUACUGCCAACCAGGAGCUGUCUCCAUUCCACGUCAUGAUUUCCAGAAGGCAUCGCCUUAGCAGGACUUACUCACGGAAAAAGUUGCUCAGCUGAAGUUUGGAGCCAGGCCAGCAUGGGAAACUUUGUAUUAUCCCAGCUGUACAAGAUACCUUCUAACAAAGACUGGUAUUUGGUGCUAGACUGGAGCUGCCUUGUGUUGGUACAACACUGGAUGUAAGCAUGUGGCAGUAGAAAUAAGGACCACUCUAAAAUAUGGUUUCUUCCAUCCAUUCAAAGCCUAGCUUGGUCUUUUUGCUAGUGGAACCUUAGAGUGAGUUCUGCAUUGAAGGUCCAAUUCUCCCAGGUCAAGAGGGAGAAUUGUCACUUUUCUACAGCUUUCUUGUAAAAUAAACUGAUAGGAAUUUU